AUGAAUAAUGAUAGAAGCUUACGGGAUCUGUUGCUUGAAUCCGCCGAUGAUCUAGAAUGCGUUGUGAAGCAGAUCAUCGACUCGUUAUUAAACCGCGACAAGAAUCCAAUUUUGCGUGGCGGUGAGACGGUCACGAAUCUUGUGAAAAUGUUUGAUGCCAAGCAAGAUGAUGUCAGAAAACUUCUGGGACGAGUCCCCGAAUUUCAAGAACGCCAAAAACUGAUUUGCGAAUUACGUGAAUGUGUACGGCAACGCGAUGAAAUCAUUCAGGAUCUUGAGUUUAAACUCAAAAGUUUCGAAGUUGCUUUAAAUGCUGCUGCUUUUACCGCAAGUAAGAAAUUGAAAGCGGUUAGAGAAGCCGAUUUGCGACCAGUGAAUAGCGAAACUGUCAUCAAAUUAGCUCACCAAAUCAGUAGAAGUUACUCGAUUGCUGCUCCAUUCACAUGGCAACUUGGUGAUCCUUCGCGGCCUUUUCCGCAAGAGCAUGAAUUCCGCAACAGUGCUCUUAUUAACUCAAAACCAAUGUCAUCUGGUCCUCAUCCGAUUGGAGUUGUCAGGAAUCCCAAUCAAAUUCAUCGCACUCCUCCAAUUGGACGAUCUUCAAGCUCGCCCAUGUUCAGUCAGGUUCCUCAAAAUAUGUGGAGUCCCCGAUAUCCACAAACUUCGCAAGAAGGAAUGAUGUCUCGCGGGGUAACACCAAAUCAAACGAAUCGGCCAUGGGCUGGAGGUCCUACGACGCCCUCACAAUCACCAUUCCAUAAAAGACCACCGACUCAGAGUCCACUUGUCUCUCCACGUCUGAAUUUGAAAAUUACCGGAUUACCACAAAAUCGAGUUGCGCCGCCGCCAGUACGAAACGUUGAGCAAAUGUCGUCAGAUUCAUCGAGCAGUUCAAGCAGCGAAGAUGAAAGUGGAAAACCAUAG